GGCAUCUGCUUCAUCACGUCGUGGUGCGGCAUGACAUGUGUGCUGUAGAUCAACUUCUAGCUACUCUAUUUCUGUAAAGUCGCAGUUCAAGUAACAAAAUGCCGAAAAAAGUGAAAGAAGAAGCAGAGUGGGUGGGCGAUGAAGUCUCCCCGGCAGCAGCAGAAAAGACAGUGAAGAAGGGGAAGAAAGAUAAAAAGGGGAAAAAGAGUUUCUUUGAGGAGCUCGCCACAGAUAGCAAACCUGAGAAGGCAGUUGAGGUGGCUGUGAAAGACACACAAGGAAAACAGCCUCAGAAAAAGAAGAAAGACCGUCGGAAAGGAAAAGGUGGAGAUGCAGAUGAGGAUGACGAUGAGGACGUCAUGCUGAAGCUGAAGAAGCUCUCUGUGCAAGCCAGUGACGAGGAAGAUGAGCCAGUCGUCGCCCCCAGCAAAGGAAACAAAAAGAAUAAGGGUGGAAACAUCUUUGCUGCUCUCAGCCAGGAGCAGAGUGAUGAGGAUGAGGACUCUGAUUUGGAAGAGGAAGAAAUAAAAAAGGAGGUUGAGAAGGGCAAGAAAAAAGAUAAAUCUAAAUCCAAGAAAGUGAAGGCUGUAUCUGAUGAGGAGGAUGAGGCAGAACAGGAUGAUGAAAAGAAACAUGCAAAGAAAGCAGAAGCCAAGCUGUCCAAGUCAUCAGAGUAUGAUGAGGUCGAAAAUCCAAAGAAGGGGAAGAAAGACCAACGGAAGAAGGGAAAACCAGCUGAGCGCUCUAUCAGUGAGGAUGAAGAUGAGGAGGAGAAUAGUGAUGGAGGUGACAUGAUGAUGAGUGCUGAGGAUGUCAUCGCAGAGCAGGCUAAGCAACAGGAGGAUGACCCAUUUGCUAACAUGAGUAAAAAGGAGAAGAAGAAGAAGAAGAAACUGAUGGAGUAUGAGCGUCAGGUGGCCAGUGUUCGUGCUCAGAAUGCCUUGGAGGGAGAUUUCUCCAUUUCCCAGGCUGAGAUGUCCUCCAGACAGGCCAUGCUGGAGAAUGCCUCUGACAUCAAGCUGGAGAGGUUCAGCAUAUCUGCCCAUGGCAAGGAGCUUUUUGUCAACGCUGACCUUCUGAUUGUGGCAGGAAGAAGAUAUGGUUUGGUGGGACCAAAUGGCAAAGGAAAGACCACAUUACUGAAACACAUAGCAAACAGAGCUCUCAGUAUUCCCCCCAACAUUGAUGUGCUGCUGUGUGAACAGGAGGUGGUAGCUGAUGACACACCAGCAGUGCAGGCGGUGCUAAAGGCAGACACCCGCCGUCUGAAGCUGCUGGAGGAGGAAAGGCAGCUCCAAACUCGUCUGGAGAAGGGAGAGGACAAUGUGGCUGAGAGACUAGAGAAGGUCUAUGAAGAGCUGAGGGCCAUUGGAGCUGCAGCAGCUGAGGCGAAGGCCCGAAGGAUCUUGGCUGGUCUGUCAUUUACCCCCGAGAUGCAGAACAGACCCACUAAGAGGUUCUCCGGAGGUUGGAGAAUGAGAGUCUCCCUCGCCAGAGCUCUGUUCAUGGAACCCACUCUCUUGAUGCUGGACGAACCCACCAACCACUUGGACCUGAAUGCUGUCAUCUGGCUCAACAACUACCUUCAAGGCUGGAAGAAAACUCUUCUCAUAGUUUCCCACGACCAGAGUUUCCUUGAUGAAGUGUGUACAGAUAUAAUCCACUUAGACAACCAGAAACUCUACUAUUACAGAGGGAACUACUUGACCUUCAAGAAGAUGUAUGUGCAGAAACAAAAAGAACUCCAGAAACAAUACGACAAACAGGAGAAGAAACUUAAGGAUUUGAAGGCUGGUGGCAAGUCCACCAAACAGGCUGAGAAGCAGACUAAGGAGGCCCUGACCAGAAAGCAACAGAAAGGCAAGAAGAAGGGAGCUCAGGAGGAGGAGAGCCAGGAUGCCACAGAGCUGCUAAAGAGGCCUAAAGAGUACACAGUCAAGUUCACCUUUCCCAACCCUCCACCUCUCUCUCCACCUAUACUAGGACUACACAGUGUUGAUUUUUGCUACGAGAGUCAGAAACCUCUCUUCAAGAAUGUGGACUUUGGAAUUGACAUGGAGUCUAGGAUUUGCAUAGUAGGACCCAAUGGUGUUGGGAAGAGUACCCUGCUGCUACUGCUCACUGGGAAAUUAAAUCCUACUAAAGGAGAGAUGAGAAAGAAUCAUCGUUUGAAAGUGGGCUUUUUCAACCAGCAGUAUGCUGAUCAGUUGAACAUGGAGGAGACGGCCACAGAGUAUCUGAUGAGGAACUUCAACCUUCCCUACCAGGACGGCAGGAAGUGCCUGGGACGUUUUGGACUGGAGAGCCACGCACACACCAUUCAGAUCUCCAAACUGUCAGGUGGUCAGAAGGCCAGAGUAGUGUUUGCUGAACUUGCCUGUCGUCAGCCUGAUGUUCUGAUCCUGGAUGAACCCACUAAUAAUCUGGACAUUGAGUCCAUUGAUGCUUUAUCAGAGGCCAUCAAUGAAUAUAAAGGAGCUGUGAUCAUUGUGAGUCACGAUGCUCGGCUCAUCACAGAGACUCAGUGCCAGAUGUCGGUGGUGGAGGAUUGUACUAUUAACCAGAUUGAUGGAGACUUUGAUGACUACAAACGGGAAGUAUUGGAGGCCCUAGGAGAGACCAUGAUCAACAAGGUCAACCCAUGAUCCCACAGAGCCACUGUCAGGACACACCACACUGUCCCUCCAUCAUAUGCUACCUGCACUCCAUCUGGACUGGUCGGCAUGUCUCAACAACUGCAAUGUUGUUGUUUUUCUUCUGGACUCUAACAUCUAUAAUGGGUUGGAGUUUAACAGAUAAUGUACUGGAGUGUUAAUUAUAAAAAUCAUUUCUAUAAAUACAGAUCGUGUCUUGAAUAGUGGUCUGUGGUUAAUAUCUUAAAGCCAAACAAUAAAAUAAAUCAAUUUUU